UGAGAAUAAAGCUUAAUGCCAAAGGGUAAUUCGCCACAAUUAUGCGGAAGUACACCUAGAGUGCAUUGAAUGAUAAGUUUACCUUUUCAGCAGCGAUGGUGAUUUGUACCGCGCACUUCUUUCAUCAAUGGGAUCAUCGACAUCCCGCGUUCUCCAUCAAUUUGACAAACCAGACUACCCUCUACCUCGCUGUUACGACCUCACGGUUGGUAACCGGCGACUAUGGCGAUUACCACAUUUCGGUCUCACUGAAUGACGAAGCGUGAUACUACACUUAUCGCCUCCAAAUUGCUUCCCUCUGUCAUCCCUCACAGAUUGAUUGGCACUCGUGAAAGCCAGAUACCUGAGGAGCAAGCCAGGUUUCGUCAAGGUCCGGGAUGCAUCGACCACAUAUUCACUUUGCGUCAGCUGUUUGAGCACCAUCACAUAUAUUGGCACUUCACCGUUGUCGUUAUUUUCGGCAUCAAAGGUGCCUUCGAUUCGGUGAAUCGAUAUGCUCUUUGGGACUAUCUGCUAAGGAAACGUGUGCCCGAGAAUUAUAUGAAUAUUAUGCGAGAUCUUUACGCUGUUAGCUCGAGCAGAGUGAGCGCUUACGGCAAGCUGUCGCCCCCUUCGAUAUCUCCAGCGGUGUAAGACAAGGAAGUCAGCUGUCGCCUUUCCUCUGCAACCACUAUUUAUGAUCUCAUGGAGAUCGACUUCACAGGACUCGACUUAGAAUGUGUGCAACUGCUCGUACAUGAACGACUUCUUGACUUGGAGUAUGCUGAUGAUAUUGCCCCUAUGUAUGACAACUCACGAACGUGCCAAACAGAACUAGACAGAUUAGCACUCGCUGUCAGCCGUUUCGGGCUAUACUUUGCCCCUUCGAAGUGCAAAGUUUUCCUCCGAGAUUGACACGGACUGCCUCCUGCGCUGACCCUUGGUGGAGAUCAGCUAAAACUCUUUCAAAGAUUCACCUACUUCGGCAGUUUUAUCAGUGUUGUUGGAAUUGAAGAAGAGAUCAGAAACCGUAUAGCAAAAAGCCCGAGAUGCUUUCGCUGACUCCCGCGAAGCGCGUUCUUCGCGCUUUGGGUCUGUGGCUGGAAGAAGAGGAGAGAUGGCCAAUCUAUGACUUAGUCAAGAAGUAUGGAGGCCCUUAGUUCGAAGUUGGCUUUGGUUGUAGCCUGUCCGGUCCGUGAUUGGGGUCCGAAAGAUGCUGAACAAAUCUGGCUGGAUAGACUUGUUGAUAUGGCUAGGAGCCGA